AUGAAGUGCGCGGCGAAUGGGAGCGGAACACGGUGCAGCAGCGCUGCAACCACAGUCUGUGCACGCUGCGAAGCCGUUGCGUAUUGCUCCCUCUCUCAUCGGAUUGCGCAUUGGAGUCAUCACAAAACAGAGUGUGAUAGGUUACAGCAACAGAUGGAGAGUGUUGAUGUUCUCAAUGAUUUUCCUUUCACUUUCUCUCACGAAGCCAUAAUUCAAGUUUGUGCAAAUCAAGAAACUAGGUGUUCAUUUUUGAGCAAGAGAGGUCUUCAUCAAGUGGGAAUGUGGAUGUGUGAAUGCCAUUGCGGAGCAUCAUCUUCUUCAUUUGAUCUCUUAGGGCUAAACAAUGGCUGGGACCUUCCAAGUGUUUUGUGUCCUUGUCGUGGUCCUGGAUCUCUUGUUUCAGAGCAGUUGUAUAGUUGGAGAGACUACUAUAAGUGGAGAUCCAUCCGGCUCGACUCACCUGUUGCCCUGCUUCUUCACUGGCCUCUUACCAUAUAUCAUGCUGCUCAACUUGUUGGAAUUACAACCUUGAAUCUCGAAGUCGGUGAUAAGUUGUACAUACAUUGCCUUGGACCUGAGAAGGAGCUGCUACAACUUGCUGUGUUUGGAGAAUUACAAGCUCUCUUCCCUGGCGUUCAUAUUCAUAUAGAACUUGUUGGACCUGCAAUUCCCCCUCAAAGGGAUGGUGAAAAGAUCAGCAUUUCUAAGUAUCCUUGUUGUAAUGAAGCCAAGUGUGUAUGCAAACUAGCAAGUGAAAAUGUGAUCCUAGGGACACAAACAUGUAUGAGUUCUGCAUUGACAUUGCAGCUUUGGCGAGGAUUCUAUCACGACAGAUACAAAGAUAUUGGUUCCUUUCCUCACCUAAUUAUUGCUCCAAAUGGUGGUAUUGCAGCCUAUUCCAGUUGGUUACCAAGUAUUGAGUUAAUUAAAAAGAUUGAUGUCCCAGCUGUUUUUACCGAUUAUUGUGAGGAAGCUUGUCACCUUGCAGCAAGUUGCAUAAAGACGGUAACUGGACGCCCUCUUAGAUUACCUGUUCAAUUAAAUCCUUUCAGACAGCCUAUUGCUGUGGAAGACAGCGUGUUGUUGCUUCCAUGCUACUCAAAUUGCUUUCUUUUUGGCAUGUAA